AUGGCAGAAUUUGAUGAUUUUGGUUUAUUGGCGCAAAUGGCUCGACGAGAAUUGAUUCACUUAUUAGAAUCAAUGCCUGAAGUCAAAGAUUUGGCUGUGGAAUCGUGUUUGAUGCGUCCAUUAGACAAAAUUGCAUCUAUGUCUAUACUACAACAGCAUAAUUGUCUUUACGUGCAGCAGUUUUUACUUAAUGCAGAUUUAACGUGGAGUGAACGUUCAUUACGUCGUGUAUACAUUAUACGUCCAACAUUAGCUGCAUCAAAACGUAUUGCUGAGCAUGUACUAGCUGAACCAGAACGAAAAUAUUCAGUAAUAUUUGUCCCUCAGAGAUUGUAUAUCUGUGAACAAGAAUUCGAACGUCGUGGAAUAUUUGGAAUGAUUGAAGUAUUUGAACUUGAUUUACCUCUUAUUAGCAUUGACUCACAUUUAUUCAGCUUGGAACAUCAUGAAUUUACGAUGGCAACAUUAGUCGAUCAUACAUUUGUUCAUCUUCGCGCAGUUGCUAAAUCAUUAUGGCAGUUGCAGUCGCUUUAUGGUUUGAUUCCAAUAGUUUAUGGAGUAGGUGAAAAUAGCGCUCAUGUAAAUAAAUUAAUGAAGAAACUGUACGCAGAAUUAGGUGAACCACGUUCCUCACCUGAUCAACCUAUUUGUCAUUUAUUCUUAUUGGAUCGAAAUUUGGAUUUAACAACAGUUCUGCUUACUGGCUUAACUUAUGAAUCAAUGGUUCAUGAUACAUUUGGAAUUAACUGCGGAAAAGUAACAUUUGGUGAAGAAGUAAAAAAGCGUUUAAAAGGUGAUACAAAAAAUCAAUUGAAGAUAACUAGUUUGGAUAAUAAUGAUCCUAUUUUUUCAGUAGUACGGAAUAUGCACAUGACGGCAGUUUUUCCAUUUUUGAGCGCAAAAGCAAAGUCACUUCAAGCAGGUUAUGAUAAAGGUUCAAAUCUUGAACAAAUCAAAGAUAUGAAAGAAUUUGUUUCUAACGAAUUACGAACACUUCAUCAUCAACAUAAAUUACUAGAAUUGCAUAUUUGUGCUUGCGAAGUAGUUCUCGAGAAAUGUAAAGGUAUUUCGGAUCGGUUGGUUUUGGAGCAUGCAAUAGUUUCAGGAAACUUUGAUGCUAAUGAAGUACUAGCAUAUCUGGAAGAUUGUAUGUGUACUCAACGAGAUCAGUGGCAAGUUCUUAUGCUAGCAUGUUUAUGGUCCAUUACUCAAAAUGGUAUCCCUACAAGAUAUUAUAUGCAAUUCCGUAACCAGUAUUUGCAUGCUUAUGGUCAUGAAAGUCUUGUUGUGUUACAUUUUUUGAGCAUUCAGGGAUUAUUGUUCGAACAUCCUACACCACAGAUACCUACUGUACAAGCAAUGAUUUCAAUGAAAUCCCAAGUAACAAAGUCAUCAUCUGUUUCGAGGCCAACAUUUCAGUUCUUAGCACGACGUAUGGCUCUUCUUCCAAGUGAUGUAGAGCCAGAAUUAAAUCUUCGAAAUCCAGAUCAAAUGCGUUAUGUUUUCUCAGGUUUUUAUACACCAAUUUUGUGCAAAAUAGUUGGUGACACUGUAAAUAAUGGGUGGAAUAUGCAAGAAAUGAAGACAACUUUUGGUGAUUCUGUUGUUUUCUGUGAUCAAAAUUCGUAUACUCGAGCAAGUCGCCCACCAGAUAGCCGUAUUCGGAAAGCUAUUUUGGUUUAUUUCAUUGGUGGUGUAACGUAUGCAGAAGUUGCUGCUUUAACCCUUCUUGCACAAAAUAAUAAUCUUCGAAUUAGCUCAUUGUUAAGUGUUUGUUUUCAGAAACCAAAGUUAUUUGUUGCAAAAGGAUCACGAUUGGAGAAUUUGCUACAACAGUUACCAUGUAUAAAUAAAGUUUUCAUACCAACCUGGUGGUGUCCAUUCGGUUCCUUACAAACUAUUGCCCGAGGACUUUUCGCUUAUGUUAAAUAUCCCGCUUUCAAGAGAGAAAUCAUUACUCUCAAUGAUGGUGGUAUUUUAGCGCUUGAUUGGUUGGAACCUGUUAAUGUUAAGUCAACUUCACCUAUUAUUGUAUUAUUACCUGGUAUUGCAGGUUCUAGCUCUUCUUCGUAUAUUUUGCAUACAGUUUGGGAACUUUAUGAAAAAGGCUUUCGCUCAGUCGUCGUCAAUCAUCGUGGUUCAGCUGGUGUACCAUUGAAAACUGCGCAGACAAACAAUGCAGCUUAUACCUGUGAUUUGAAAAACGUUAUUCAAUUGAUAAAUCAAAGAUUUCAACACUCACCAAAAGUAGCAUGUGGUUUUUCUUUGGGAGGAAUAGUUCUUUGGAAUUAUUUGGCAGAAUGCAAAAUAGCUUCAGAAACAGGCCUCAUUGGGGCAAUAUGCAUCUCAGUUGUAUUCGAUGCAUCUGCUUCAGUAUUAUCUCUUGAAAGAUUUUUGCCUUCAAUUUUUUUCAAUCGCUCCAUUGUUGUCAUUGCAAAAUAUUCAUUAAAACGAUACAAAUCACUGUUCGAAAAUAAAUGUGACUGGAAUGCUGUUAUGUCAUCACAAACGUUGCGAGAUUUUGACACUGCAUUCACAGUUCCUGUAGCUGGUUUUAGAAGUGCUGAUGACUACUAUCAUGCCUUUAGUUUACCCUCGAAAGCUGAUCGUAUCUCUAUUCCAACAGUUUGUUUGAAUGCUGCUGAUGACUGCUUCUGCCCACUGAAUUCAAUUCCUUUUGAAGCCGUUGAGAAGAAUGAAAAUAUUGCUAUCAUCUUAACUCGACAUGGUGGACAUGUAGCAUUCAUGAAGAAAGCAUUCCCCUGCGCUAGAGGACUAAUGUCAACUCUUACUACUGAAUAUAUUUGCGCUCUACUUUCCUAA